GCCACAAGUGUUCCUCAGUCACAAUUGCGAUACACUCUGAAGACAUUUCUGCUGUGAUUCUCCGCCCAGAAGUGAUUCGGGAUUUGUUUUCCAAUUAAUCGGUUGAUUUAAAGUCUUCACAUGAGCGACAAGAAGCCCAAAGGUCUGCAUCAAGUGUUUGAGCGCGGAAGAUCUUCAAAGGCGUCCUUCCGCGCAAAUGAGCGAUACAGUAAAAUAAGCGACAUUGCCACUGAUCGUUCCUCGAAAUCCUCCAACGUUUCCAACUUGAGUUACAAAAAGUACAUUCAGAGUCUUGAGCAGGAAUGUAAGGCACUGAGAACGGACAAUUCAGAGCUGCAAAGGGCUCUUGCAGAGGAUAAAGCUCAGAAACAAAAACUGGCGGAAGAAUGUGCAGUCCUGAAAAAGGGGAACAUGGAGAAGGAUCAGCAGAUCCAGGAGCUUCAGGAGAAGCUGGAGGAACUACAAACCAUGAAAACCAGUAAACACUCGCGAUUCUUCAGCUUGAGGCAUAACUUCAACAGCAUUUUCCAGCGCAGGAAGACUAAAGACGAACUUGUGCACAAAAAAAUCCUCCAAAAUGAACCAAAUUUCAGGACCACUCUGGACAAGAUGGAGAAGGACCAGGAUCACAAAACCAUUCCUCGAGUCCUCGUUGAGUCUGUAAAGAUUCUAGAAGCGAAGUUCAUGCACACCAUUGGCUUGUACAGAGUAUCCGGUAAUUACGCUGUGGUGCAAGAUUUGCGAUUUCAUAUUAACAGCAAUAACUACGACGCUCUGCGCAACCAGAAAGAUCCACACGCCAUCACAGGUAUCAUAAAGCUACUGUUCAGGGAAUUGGAAGAGCCUUUGAUCUCCAUGAAGCACCUCGACAUGUACAUCAAUGACAAGAACUUCCUGGAGCUCGACCGAGAGACACAGAAGUGGCAGAUCACGAACAUGGUGGACACGCUCCAUCCCGUGGCCAGAGACACGCUCUGCUUCCUGAUGCGACAUCUGAACCGCGUGAUCAGCAAUCCCGGGAACCAGAACAACGCCCACACACUGUCCGUGGUCGUGGGAGCGUGCAUCUUCUACGAGCUGCUCUCGGACGUGGACUUCCACAUGAACCUGGCCAAGUGCACAGUCUCCAAUAAGUGCAUCGAGAUCAUGAUUGAGGACAUUUCAGACAUUUUCGAUGCUGUAUAGAAAGGCCAAUAAAUAAAAUCGCAUGGAAAUUUUAUUAACUAUCUCUAGAUUUACAAAUGUACAUACUUCUUUUUAAUACUUUUAUACCCAAC